CUGUGGGGCGCCGGUGCGUGCCCAAAACAAGCAAAGCGUAGAGGCGCCAACAGGCAACGAGCGUAGCCAGAAAGAGAAGAGAGGGGAGGGGGGGAUGGCGGCCAUAGACAUGGAGGACGACGACGACAUAUGGGCGAACACCGCCAGCAGCCCCAGCGCGUCCCCGCCGCAGCCUGUGGCCGCGGCCUCCACCUGCAGCGCCUUCAUCUCCACGCAGCUCAGCCUCAACUCCCGCCUCCACCUCCUCUCCUCCGCCGCGGCCGCGGGCGGCUCCUCCCCGACCACCCGCGGAGUCGGCGCCGGCGCCUACGCCGCGGACGGCGUCCGCCACCACAUGUCCCUCGGCGUCGGCGGCGGCUUCCGCAAUGCCGUGGCGUCCCCGGCGUCGUCCUUCUUCCCGUACAACCUCGACUCCGCCGCGGCCGACGUCGCGCCCUUGGACGCCGGCCCCGCCCGCGGCUUGCUGGAGGACGAGAUGUGCCUCGGCGCCGGCGCCGCCGCCACCUGGGCCGGCGGUGGCUCCGACCGCCGCAAGAAGCGCAUGAUCAAGAACCGCGAGUCCGCGGCGCGCUCCCGCGCGCGCAAGCAGGCCUACGUCCGCGAGCUGGAGAGGAAGGUGCAGAUGCUGCAGGACGAGAACGAGAGCCUCCGCGUCAAGUACGACCAGCUGAGGGUGUCCGUGGAGGUGGCGGUGCCGAUUGUGAGGAAGACUCUGCAGAGGAUGCCGUCCGCGCCAUUCUGAGGACGGACUCCGAUCGACGAGGACAUUGACCAUCAAGUCAGUCGAAGCAAGUGGGUGCUCUUCUUUUUGGAGGCGAUGAUGGUAGUAACCAGCGGUGAUAAUUACGUACGUGCUAGCUAGUAGCAAUCAAGUGACUGAUUAGUGAGUGCUGCUACCUGUUGGUUACUGGUAGUAGAACACUACACCAGUUCAUAUGCCAUAUGCCGCCGUCGGUGGUAGUGCUCUGCUACAAGCUCUACUAAGCUUUACUUAGUUCCUUGGCCUCUGUCCAUGUACAUAGAUCAAGUCCAUCGAUCUCAUGUUUAAUUCCGUCUAGCUGGUGCCUUUCUUUGAUCGAUCCCUCCCACGAUCUGUACAGUGGCAGCUGCCUGCCUAGAAGAGGCGGCUGCCGGUUUGUCACUGCCCAUGGCGGCGCCCUGCUAGCUGCUAUAUUUAGUAGUAUGUCUAUAUGUGUAGCUUGUCGCGUGGGAUUAGGCUGAAAGAUGAUAAGCCUGCUUGUACAAAUGUGGUUGUUAUAAAACAUGUUGCCAGCGGUUAGUAUC